CCGCUGCCAGGUUGAUCUCUUUUCUUUAACUCCAGCGGCCGGGAGAGCCGUGCAGCUAUGGAUGGGCUCCGGACUGGCGCUGGACUGUUGAGGCGUGGGAGGUUGAGGCGCCGGCGCCAGCCCCAGCCACACAGUGGAUCAGUCUUGGCCCUGCCCUUGAGGCCCAGGAAGAUCCGAAGGCAACUGAGGAGAAAUGUCGCGUCCCGCAUGGCCGCGCUGAGGGCUCAGGCGUUACCGAGCGAGGACUCGGAGGACUCCAGGGUGGAGUCGACGGCCGACGAUCUGGGGGACGCGCUGCCUGGUGGGGCGGCGGCAGCGACCAGCCCAGACGCGUCCCGGAGAGAACCAUACGGCCACCUCGGGCCUGCAGAGCUGUUGGAGGCCUCGCCCGCCGCGCGCUCCCUGCAGACCCCACCGGCACACUUGGUGGAGGCGCAGACCCCGCCCGCGCGCCUGGGGCCGGCUUCGGCGCCGCCCACGCGCCUAGUAGAGGUGACUGCUGCACCCGCCAGAGCGGUGGACCCCUCGACUCGGCUGUGUGCUUCCCAGCACUUGGCGGCCGCCGCACCGCCCGGGACCCCUGCGACGCUCUUGGGGCCUCAGGUGGAUAAUUCGGGUCGGGAGUUGCCCUGGGACUCCCCGCUGCAGCGCGUCUUGGCUGAGCUGAGCCGCAUCCCUAGCAGCAGACGGCGGGCAACGCGCCUCUUUGAGUGGCUCAUCGCGCCCAUGCCGCCGGAACAUUUCUACCGGCGGCUUUGGGAGCGGGAGGCGGUGCUGGUGCGGCGGCAGGACCCCACCUACUACCAGGGCCUUUUCUCAACUGCCGACCUGGACUGCAUGCUGCGCAACGAGGAGGUGCAGUUCGGGCAGCACCUUGAUGCAGCGCGCUACAUCAACGGGCGGCGCGAGACCCUGAACCCUCCCGGCCGAGCCUUGCCCGCCGCUGCCUGGUCCCUGUACCAGGCAGGGUGUUCCUUGCGCCUCCUCUGCCCUCAGGCUUUCUCGACCACCGUGUGGCAGUUUUUGGCUGUUCUUCAGGAGCAGUUUGGAAGCAUGGCAGGCUCCAACGUGUAUCUCACGCCGCCCAACUCUCAGGGCUUUGCCCCGCACUACGAUGACAUCGAGGCUUUCGUGCUGCAGCUGGAAGGUAGGAAACUCUGGCGUGUCUACCGUCCCCGGGUCCCAAAUGAGGAACUGGCCCUGACAUCUAGCCCCAACUUCAGCCAGGAGGACCUUGGUGAACCUGUGCUGCAAACCGUGCUGGAACCCGGAGAUUUGCUCUAUUUUCCUCGAGGUUUCAUUCAUCAAGCUGAAUGCCAGGAUGGAGUCCACUCUCUGCACCUUACAGUGUCCACGUACCAGCGCAAUACCUGGGGUGACUUCCUAGAGGCCAUACUGCCUCUGGCUGUGCAGGCCGCAAUGGAAGAAAAUGUAGAAUUUCGGAGAGGUCUCCCUCGAGACUUCAUGGAUUACAUGGGGGCCCAGCAUUCGGAUUCUAAGGAUCCAAGAAGAACAGCUUUCAUGGAGAAGGUGCGGGUCUUGGUUGCCCGUCUGGGACACUUUGCUCCUGUUGAUGCUGUGGCUGACCAGCGAGCCAAAGACUUCAUCCAUGACUCUCUACCCCCUGUGUUGACUGAUAGGGAGAGGGCAUUAAGUGUUUAUGGGCUUCCAAUUCGCUGGGAGGCUGGAGAACCUGUAAACGUGGGAGCCCAGUUGACAACAGAAACAGAAGUUCACAUGCUUCAGGAUGGGAUAGCUCGCCUGGUGGGUGAGGGAGGCCAUUUAUUUCUCUAUUACACGGUGGAAAACUCUCGUGUUUAUCAUCUGGAGGAACCCAAGUGCUUGGAAAUAUACCCCCAGCAAGCUGAUGCCAUGGAACUCUUGCUUCGCUCCUACCCAGAAUUUGUGAGAGUAGGGGAUCUGCCCUGUGACAGUGUGGAGGACCAGCUUUCCUUGGCAACCAUGUUGUAUGAUAAGGGGCUGCUGCUCACCAAGAUGCCUCUAUCUCUAAAUUAGUUUCUUGUUGAUUGUUGGAAACAAGCCAGUAGUGAUUCUCCACUACCACUGCCACCAGUUCAUUUUUUUUAAAAAACUCCUGUUCUUACCUUGAUAACCAUCAGUAUGGUCACUUUUACCUUUAUGGCUGCUUCAACGUCACAAAUCUCAGACAGUCUUCUAGAAGGAACCACUUCAUCUAGUUGGAAGAAACUUCCCCAAAUCUGGCAAGUGAAUAUUCUCUCAUGGUUGGUGGAAAAGAACCUGGUGUACCAGAAAGAGCCUUGGAACCAGAAGACCUGGGUUUGGGGUGGUGGCUGUUAGGCAGCUGGCUGAGUGAUCUGAGGCUGCUGCUACGCUCGGGCACACAGAUUUUGGCACCAGCUGCCAAACAGGCUGCCUGCCUAACUGCUAUGAAGUCAUCAGAGAAACAGCGCAGGAAGCUUGGGAGAAGCUUGGCAGUCAUGAGUUUGAGCCCACCUAUCAGGUAGAGGGCUUCCACACGCUCCUCGGAAUUUCCUUGACCCAAUUUAAUCCUGUAAGGUACAAGUGGCUUUUAUUUCCCCUUCUUAAACUUCCAGUCCUCCCAUCCAUCCUCAGGAUACAUUUCUAGCUCUGUAGGCUGUGUUAUCUGUUAUCUAGCCCCACCCUUUCCUAUUCAGCCUUAUGCCCUUUGAGUUUCACUGGGUUCAGACCUCAGUUGUUUUGUUUACUUGAAUCCCUAUUACCUAGCAUAUGUUGAGCUGGCACUCAACUGUGCUGAAUGAUGAAAUUAAGGAAAGUGUCAAGUUUCACCCCUUGUGACAGCAUCUCUUCUCCAUUGCUAUAACAUGUGUGAUGCUUAUUUCAGCAAUUGGCUCCCAGCCCAGAAUGACAGUCUUACCCAUUCUCCAUAAAACAGCCUUCUCUUGCCUACAUUGAUUAAUCAAUUUUUCUAUGGCAUUUGUUCUAGUUGGUAUAUGCCAUUUGUUCUAGUUUUUAAUAUGAUAUGAUAUUUUUAAGCAUUUGCUUAUCUUGCCUGUGUUCAGAAUUGUGUCAUACUUUGAACUCCCUCAAAUACCCAAAAUGUUGCCUCGCACUAGUGGGCAUCCAGUACUUCUUUCUGUAGCCGUAUUGCUAAUUUCUGUAGGGACUGAACUUUUCAUAGCUGGGCCUAGUACUAUACCGAGCAUAUAGAGGAGCUGGAUUCCGGAGCCCCUAAACACUUCCAAGAAUUGAAGAGUUUCUCUUCUCACGUUGACUAGAGCUUACCUGAUUGUGUCAUGUACCUCUUUCCCAAGGCUCAUUUGCCCCAGUGCUUGGGCAGCUGCUUGCCUUACUUGCUUAUUCCAGUCAUUCCACAUAAGCUGGAUCAAUUUAUGUUUCAUAUCCUGUAAUUAGGUGUAAUAAUUGGCUAUCAUUUAUUGAACAUGAAUUUUGCACUUGGCAUUGUGCUCAAUGUUGUUACCCCCCUGCUUUAAUCUUUGGAACAAUCCAGGGGCAGAUGUUAUUUCCAUUUACAGGUGACACAGUAGAGGCUCUUGUGAGUAGCUGGAGCCAGGACUCAAGUCCAGGUCUGUUUCUCAUGCUCAUCCUUUGAAAUACUGUGUAGUGUCAGGAUGUGAGGACCAGCAUGAUCUUUGUGAGAGACUUAAAACUUGGGGUAAACAACUCAUCCCAGUUUGCCCAGGACUUGCCUAAUUUUAGUACUGAAGGUCUCGUGUCCUGGACAAAUCAGAAUAGUUGGCCACUCUAUCAAUGUAUUUCUCAGAGGGAAAGGAACAGAGGUUACUACAGUUUUAGUUAAUGAUGGUAUGUGCUUAAGCUAUUCUCCCUGCCUGCACCAUCUCGCUUUUCUACCCCUACCAGAUGUUUUCCUACUCUUUAGGAUUUAGCUCAGAAAGCACCUCCCAAGUAAAGUCUUCUCUAUCCCUGUCCCUAUAAGCAUAAGGAACUCCCAUAAUACCUUAUAGCUGCUUCUGUUUUAGCUAUUUAUAACAUUUGCCAAGGAAAGAUAUUAUCUUUGCAUCCUCAAUGCUUAGAGACUAUAGGAUACUCAGAAACUGCUUGUUUAGUGAAUGAGUGAAAGAAUCAUAUACAUACUACCUUUUACAACUCCAGCAGUCUGCCAUGAAAUUCUCAUCACUUUUACCUUGUACAUUGCUAGCUCUGAAUGUCUGUUUACUUUGGGUUGGUAAUCCUGAGUGACAAAUGCCAAAGAGGCAGAUGUGCAAAUGAAUCAGAUAUUGUUAAAGUGUAACUUCUGACUGGGUUGGCCUGAGAUUUUGCAUAUCUAGCAAGCUCCCAGGUGAUGCCUGUGCUGCUGGUUUGUGCCUUUAGCUGCAAGAUGCUGCUACGCUUGAGGCAGAAUUAACCCAGUCUCUUAGGUUGUGUGCAUGUAUAUAUGUGUAAUAAUGAAUCCCAAUAUUAUGUAUAAUUUUGUGCUAAUAAAAAAUUUUAAAAAGUGGUGACCCACCCCAAACAAUAUAAACAACAACAGCAAAGAAUUAAGCCAUCUCAAACUUCAUCAGGCAGUUAUCCUGAAUGACCAGAUUGUAUGCUUCCCAUAUCAAAAUGUGAGGGUUAAAAAAUGAAGGAAUGGCAGUAUUAUGACCCUUUCUGGAAAAAGAUGUGGUAGCACAAAGGUAGAAGGGAAAGAUCAAACAACUAAUGAUUUGAAAAUAAUUGUAAAAAGGAGGUCAGGGUUUCCCUUGCCUAGAAUCCCCUCUUCAAGUUGUAGGACUUUAACAGAUAAAUUCAGUCCACACUAAUCUUUCUCUCUGAAAUGUUUUAAAAGGGGGCUGGGGAUGUGGCUCAGUUGGUAGAGUGCUUACCUUGCAUUCACAAGGCCCUGGGCUCAAUCCCCAGCACCACCAAAAAACAAACAAACAAACAAAAAAAAGAGAAAAGUUUUAAAAGAGUGCUUUACAUUUAUUCUUGCUCUUGAAUAUUUGUGCUUGUUAGUUUUGUUGCUCCAGCUGCAAUAUCAGUUUUUUGAAAGCAGGGAUCAUGUGUGUGCUGAACACUCAGAACCUACACAAGCAUUCAUUUAGUUGACUUGUGUCUUUUUAAGUCAGUGGUUCUCAAACUGAUGAAGGAUCAGUGUUAGGGUUAGGGUGGGGUGGAAAUAUGUCAUUGAUACUUUUAUAAACUCCAUUGAUACUUUGGCAGUGUCAAAUUACUAUAACAGUUUCUAAGCUCUUUCUCUUAGCUUUUGUGCUUUAUUGUGACCAUUACACAGAUUAUGAUUGCCACCACAUUGAUAAGAAUUAGUUUAAGUCACAGAGGACAUGUUGAUAUUUGGAAUAAUUAGGGGUUAUGAGUAAGAAGAGAUAGCAGUGUGGGACAGAGAUCUGUGUGGUGAGAGUGGAAUAUUAGAUAGCAGCAAAACAGAAAGGCUUCCUCACCCAACCUUGCUUAGGAUUUCUGUCCUGGAGCAAAGAAAGAGAAGGCUUACUAAGCAGACAUUUCCACUGAUCUGGGAGAAAGCCCUGCAGGCCAGGAUCCGAUCCUUCCAUCGACAGCUGUUCAAUUCCACAGCAAGCAUGUUGUGUAUCAGAGUCUGAGGAAACAGAAGACUUGUCUGGAUAUUCAUGAUCACUUUUAGAGAUACUGGAAUCUUGAAGAAGGUACAUCCUAACAUGGCAUCCAGCAUAAUUAAUAUCCCAAGCUUAUGAGAUGCACAUCUCUAAUAGGACAGAGUACAUUUGCAAGAGAAGGGGGCACUUCUCCAUCUAAGCCAACUAACUCUGGGAACAAAAUACAGAUUUAAUAAUCUGAAUAGAAAAGUAGGAACUUUCCUUCCUGACUUAACUAUUUUUACUCCCAAAAUGAUUUGUAAGUGUCUCAAAUCUUUUUGUUUCACAUUUCUUCCAAAAAUAUCACAAUUAUAGGUCUGUGUAGUUUUCAAUGGUAAACCACUAUCAGCAGCAAAUUCUACAUAUUACAGCUCUUCUUGUUCACUGUUAAGAACCAUUUGCAACCCACUCAUUUUUCUCAGCUAUUUGUUGUCACAUCUCCCUGUGUGUACCUCUGCACCCAGGUUUACUCACACUUAGCAUACUUUUUACUUGUGCUUGUGAUUGAGUAUCCUGCCCAACCACCUGCAGUUUGGACUCCUCACAUGCACUGACCACAAUUCCCCAUAACUUAGUUUCUUCCUCUGACCCUGUAAUGGACACAUACUGUCUUUUCAUUGAGAUAUCUCAGGAGAAUACAGGCCUGGUCCUCGGUGUCCUUAUUCUUCUUGUUGAACAGCUGAUGGAAGAUCCUGCUAAUCACUGGGUAAGUGGCAACACCAUCCAGAGCCAAGCACUGAGCUGCAGUCCAGCUGUCCACACUAUUGCCUGCCACAGUGGAGCAAAAAAAUGAAUACAGAUGGUAAUCUGUUUUCUUCCAGAGAUGGGUACCAAAGAUCACUGCCUGCCUGAUACCUCACUUCCCUGUGCCCCAGUCCCAUGUGUAAGCCAUAUUUAAAUGGAACAUAUCAACAUUUUAAAUAUAAACUGAAAUUUGCAACCUGAAAGUUAAAUGCUAAAGGCUAGGUAGCAGGUAUAAGGCCUUCCUUCCUGGAGAUUAGGAAGACUGGGGAGGGAGGCUUUUCUAUAGUGGAGGAAUUAAACAGUUGAAAGUCUAUCUGCAGAAGGCCAAACCAGUCAUCCAGCUUCCCCCGGUAAGGCAAGUAAUAGCUCACUUCUCAGAGCAGUUAGGCACAUUGGAGUUAAAUAACUCUCAAUAGCGUGUGCAGACAAUGCCUAGAAGUUCUGUAGAAAAAAAAAUGGAAGCAUGCUAUAGUCAGGUGAUUUUUUUUGUGUGUGGUGCUGGGGAUUGAACCCAGGGCCUUGUGCUUGCAAGGCAAGCACUCUACUAACUGAGCUAUCUCCCCAACCCGUGAUUUUUUUUUUUUUUAAUUUUCAAAAUGAAUUUAAUAAUGUUAUAUCAUCUUUUUAUUUAAAAUAUUGGGGUGUGAAAGAAGACUUGGGUUUUAA